CCGCCCACCAAGCAUGGUUGCUCAGCUCUAACACGUGGAACUUCCGUCAUUUUCUAAGCUCAAUUUUGAAAAUCCUCCGGCUGGAAAACCACUGGAUCAGUGUAGACCGCCGAAGGAGCUAAAUGUAGAAGAAAUAAACUGAUGGAGUAAAGGAUUCUGGUUACUCGGGUCAUCUUUUGAUCGGAGGCUCAACGCGAGGAGCGGAACCUAGUGUGGAAGGGCUGGGUUUCCUGCGUGGUGGGAACACAAGAGCGGCGCACGGUCAAGAUGGCUGCUGGACUGCGGAAACGUUGUCCGCCGAUUUCGGCGGCCCAGCCAGCGGGUCUCUGGAGACAAUGGCUACAGCGCGCUUGGCAAGAACGCCGCCUACUGCUUCGGGAGCCGCGCUACACGCUGCUGGUGGCCUCCUGCCUCUGCCUGGCAGAGGUGGGCAUCACCUUCUGGGUCAUUCACAGGGUGGCAUACACAGAGAUUGACUGGAAGGCCUACAUGGCCCAGGUGGAGGGUGUCAUCAAUGGCACAUACGACUACACACAGCUGCAGGGUGACACCGGACCUCUUGUCUACCCAGCUGGUUUUGUAUACAUCUUUAUGGGCCUAUACUAUGCUACUGGCCGAGGCACUGACAUCCCCAUGGCCCAGAACAUCUUUGCUGUGCUCUACCUGGUCAAUUUGCUGCUUGUUUUCUUGAUAUACCAUCAGACCUGCAAGGUACCUCCCUUUGUCUUUUUCUUCAUGUGCUGUGCCUCUUAUCGUGUCCACUCCAUCUUUGUACUGCGGCUCUUCAAUGAUCCAGUGGCUAUGGCACUGCUCUUCCUCAGCAUCAACCUCUUCCUGGCUCAGCACUGGUGCUGGGGCUGCUGCUGUUUCAGCCUGGCAGUCUCUGUGAAGAUGAAUGUACUGCUCUUUGCCCCUGGGUUGCUAUUCCUUCUCCUCACCCAGUUUGGCUUCCGUGGUGCCCUCCCAAAGCUGGGCAUCUGUGCUGCUCUUCAGGUGGUGCUGGGGCUGCCUUUCCUGCUGGAGAACCCAAUUGGCUACCUAUCCCGCUCUUUUGACCUUGGUCGCCAGUUUCUCUUCCGAUGGACAGUGAAUUGGCGCUUCCUUCCUGAGGCCCUCUUCCUGCAUCGUGCCUUCCAUCUGGCCCUGUUGGCUGCCCACCUUAUCCUCCUCUUGCUGUUUGCUCUCUGUAGAUGGCACAGGUCAGGGGAAAGUAUCCUGUCACUGCUGAAAGACCCUUCCAAAAGGAAAGUUCCACCCCAGCCCCUCACACCCGAUCAGAUUGUUUCUACCCUCUUCACCUCCAAUUUCAUUGGCAUCUGCUUUAGCCGCUCCCUCCACUACCAGUUCUAUGUCUGGUAUUUCCACACACUGCCCUACCUCCUGUGGGCCACGCCUGCACGUUGGCUCACACACCUGCUCAGGUUACUGGUGCUGGGACUCAUUGAGCUCUCAUGGAACACAUACCCAUCCACAUCCUGCAGCUCUGCUGCCCUGCACAUAUGCCAUGCUGUCAUCCUGCUGCAGCUCUGGCUGGGCCCACAGUCUUUCCCCAAGAGCAUCCAGCCUAGCAAAAAAGCCCACUGAAAUCCGCUCCUUUCCUUCUGGUAUGCUUUCAGGAUCAUGGGUGGAAUGGACUGUGUGGUCUUCUGAAUAAAUAGUGCCAAGCCCACCUCUGUGAGCCUACAUGGAGACAGUGGUAGCUAGUGUGUAGACCAAGCUGUGAGGAGCAUCUGCCCAACACAUAAAGAACUCAUUAAGCAGU